CAAAUCAAGCAAACACAUUAAUUCACAUACACUCAAGCAAGAGAAAUCUAGAGAGAGAGAGAGAGAGAUGGAAGUAGUUCAAGUUCUUCACAUGAAUGGAGGAAUUGGAGACACAAGUUACGCAAACAAUUCCUUGGUUCAGAAAAAGGUGAUAUCCAUGACCAAGCCCAUCACUGAGGAAGCCAUAGUAAACCACUACAGCAACAGCUCCUCAACGAGGCUAGUUAUAGCUGACUUGGGUUGUUCUUCUGGACCAAACACUUUGUUGGUGGUCUCCGAACUCGUCAAAACGGUGCACCGUCUUUGCCGAAAACUCGGUCGCCAAUCACCUGAGUUUCAAGUGUUACUCAAUGAUCUUCCGGGGAAUGACUUCAACUCCAUUUUCAAAUCCCUGCCAAGCUUUCAAGAGAAACUCAGAGACAAAAUGGGUCCCGGGUUCGGCCAAUGUUUCUUCACCGGCGUCCCGGGUUCCUUUUAUGGCAGGCUUUUCCCUAGCAAAAUUCUGCAUUUUGUUCACUCAUCAUACAGUCUCCAAUGGCUGUCUCAGGUUCCUGAUGGAGUGGAGAAUAACAAAGGGAAUAUUUACAUGAAUAGUACUAGCCCUACAAGUGUGAUUAAGGCUUACCAGGAACAAUUCCAAAGAGAUUUUUCAUUCUUCCUCAAGUGUCGUUCGGAAGAAUUAGUCCCCGGCGGGAGUAUGGUCUUAACAAUUUUAGGAAGAAAAAGUGAAGAUCCAUCUAGCAAAGAGGGUUGUUAUAUUUGGGAGCUUUUGGCUGUUGCCCUAAACGACAUGGUCUCGGAGGGGCUAAUAGAGGAAGAUAAAUUGGACACCUUCAACAUUCCUCAAUACACACCAUGCCCAUCAGAAGUGAAAUCUGAGGUCCUCAAGGAAGGAUCAUUCACCAUCAACCGGCUUGAGGUUUCUCAAGUCAACUGGGACGCCUACCACAGUGAUUUUAGUCCGUCCGAUGCACUUGACGACGGCGGGUACAGUGUUGCCAAGUGCAUGAGAGCCGUGGCAGAGCCCUUGCUCGUUAGCCACUUUGGUGAAGGUAUAAUUGAAGAGGUGUUCCGCAGGUACAGGGAAAUUAUUGCUGAUCGUAUGUCUAAGGAGAAGACUGAAUUCAUCAAUGUGAUCAUUUCAGUGACCAAAAGAGGAUGAUCAUCAUGGUAUUAUUCAUCAACAAAUAUCAGUACUGUCUUAAUGAGUGAUGAUCAGUUAUGUUUGUCUUAUUAGCAAAAAGGCAAAAAAUAAAUAAAUAAAUUAACGUGGCUUUACACGAGUGAGGUUAUUUUAUAUAUGUUCACGUAUAGUGUAAUUUGUUUAAUAUUUGUCCAGUAAAAGAAGAAAAAUACCAUCCAGCCGAUCGAGCUAGUGAUGGCAAGUUUCUGUAAAAUGUUUCAAUAAUUAGGCAAUGCCAACUAAUAUAUAUUUCUGUCUUCUUGGAAAAGAGAA